CACAUGUUUUCAAAAAUUAAGCGGCCUUCGCCUCUGAACCCUGUCGUGGACGACGGCAGUGCCAGCAGUAUUGGAAGCGAUUUUGACAGUAACAACAGCUCGCCCACUUAUGCCAGUCCACCACAGGGCAGCGGGGGCAAAUUCCUUGUUAGAUCGCGCCGAACUUCUUUCAUUGAUGCAAACGCGAUACCUGACAUGUCUCGUCUAACUGUCGGGACACCUUCUAACAAAAACAGACAGAAUCAGUUUGAAAAUUCUGCCGCUGCAACACAAGCUGGAUCACCCUUGUACCGGGAAAAAAACGAGUCGACAGCUAGAAAUCGCAAGCACAUACACGCAUUAUCGCUUGACCUCGAUCACAUACAAUUCAGGUCUUCGGAUAAAGAAGAUGAUAGACUGUCGGCUUCAUCGUUCAUUGAUACUCCAAUGCAACCGCCAAUAGAAGCCAUACUACCCGUUUCCGAUAUACCCCAACAAAGUUUAUUACUACAUAAUAUCGUAGCAAUAAAGAACAAUUUGGAGAGCAGGAAGAAAUCAUUGCUUAACAUUAUCAACGCCCUAACUGGUUAUGUAGAGCGCGGGUUGCAAUACGUAGAGGAUGAAGAAGACGUUAAUGACAGUGACGAUGAGAAUUCUGAAGAUGACGUUGACUUUGAACCAGAGGAAAUGAUUUUUACUAAUUAUAGCGAGAUUCCCGGUAAUGGCUAA